AUGGUCGCCGCCAAGACCCUCCUCGCCGCCACGGGCACCCUCGCCCUGGUCAGCGCCUCCUCCUUCACCACCAUCACCACGACCAGCACGGAGCCCGCCACCGCCGCCGCGACCAUCACCGCCCCCGUCGCCCCGCCCAUGCCGUACUCCGGCUCCGGCCCGACCGAGGCCAUGAUCGCCCGCCGCAGGGCGUGGUGCACGGAGUACAACGCCGAGAAGCGCCGCGCACCAGGCUGGUACGAGAGCCCGGACGAAUACGCCGGCGCCAUUGGCUACUGCGUCCGCUUCUACCUCGACGAGUACAAGAUCAACCCGUCCAAGGCCGGCUGGAUCGAGGAGUCCAUGGACAGGACCCUCGGCCGCAAGAAAUUCUUGGUCGCCGACUUUGAGAAGAAGGGCAGCCCUGCCCCGACCGCGACGCCCACAGCCAACGUCGACGCCGCUGCAUCGAAGGAGGAGGAUCCCGUCAGCGAGGAUCCCGCGACCGAAGACGAGAUCCGCGUCAACACGGCCAAGAUGGCGGACAUCCUCAAGGAGAGCCUCGGAUUCACCGACGAGCAGCUCAUGGAGCUGGGCUUCAAGCUCGGCGAGAGCGGCUUUUUUUUGGUGCAUGCCCCCGAGGAGAACUCCGAGGCUUCCUCUUCCCUUCUUUGGCCCCCCAAGUUCGGUCGCCUUGCCCGCCCUCUCGUGCCUCACCCCUUCCGCAAGCAUCUCGGCAAGGAGCCCGCGGCUAAGGGGCCCGUUGCUACCCAGCCCAAGGUUGAGAAGCCCAAGGUCGAGCAACCCAAGGUCGAGCAGCCCAAGGUCGAGCAGCCCAAGGUCGAGCAGCCGAAGCCCAAGGUUGAGUACCAGAAACCCAAGGUAGAGGAUGAGCCACCCGCGGCUAAGGAGCCCAAGGGAAAGGAAAAGGCGAUCGCGGUCGAGCAGCCCGCGGCUAAGGAACCCAAGGGCAAGGAGCCCGCGGGUGAGCAGCCCAAGCCCGAUCAACCCAAGGCUGAGCAACCCAAGCCCGACCAGCCCAAGGCCGACGAGCCCAAGGCCAAGGACACCAAGUCCAAGAAGUCCAAAGAGGACGAGGAGAUGCAACACCACGACCACCCUCACGGCGGCCACCACGCCCACCCCCACCACGACGAGCACGACAAGGAGAAGGAGGAGGAGGAGAAGAAGAAGAAGGAGAAGGAGGAGGCGAUGGCGAAGCACCCCUACCACCCCGAUCACCCCCACUUCGAGGAAGAGCCCGUAGAGGAUCACCCGACGCCGAAUCCGCCGAAGGUCCUCCCCGAUCACAUCUAA